AUGGAUCUUAAAUGUUCAAUAUGUCUCGAUCCUUUUCAAUUACCUUUACGAGAUAUUUUUUGUGGUCAUAUUUUUUGUUUACAAUGUAUUAAAACAUGGCUUAAACAAAAACAAUCAUGUCCUGUAUGUCGACGAUAUUUUACUAAAUUUGUACGUAUUAAUGAUGAAAGAUUACUUAAAGAACUUGAUCAUCUUUUUGUUAAAUGCAUAUAUUGUAAUGAUACAAAUAUUGCACGAGGUAAUUUCAAUGAUCAUAUAACAUAUGAAUGCUCAAAACGAUUAGUUAUGGAUCAUGUUGAAAAUAGAGGAAGUGUUCGAGAAAAUUUUCAUUUUGAAUAUUUAUUGAAAAGAAUAAAUGAAUCAAUUGAAAAUAGUAGACAACAACGACAGCAUUAUGAACAAUCAAAUUCUACUGCAUUACCAUUAUGGAUUGUUAUUAUUUCAGCUGUUCAUUUAUUUAUUUAUUUGUCUGUAUUUAUUCCUAUUGCUGCUCUAUUGAAUAUUACUGAUAUUUUUAUCUCUCUUCUUCGUUAUACUAUUAUAUGGUUAAUUCAUAUCAUGAAAUUACGAAUAUAG